CUCCCACAUAAGAAAAAAUUGCAUCAUGCUUUUCUUCUAUUGUCACAGCACAAGACAAAGUCCUUGAAUCUCAUUCAGUGAAUGGAAGAGUAGUAGCUCAAAUGACUAAAUGGGACUUUGCACGGCUUCCGUAGACUCUGACCGGAGUGCUGAUUAUGUAGAUUAUCCAGGAUCAGAACAAGUUUCAGCAGCUGUCAAGAUGUGUUCUCUUGUUAUGAUCACAGCUUGUUUCUGGGCUCAUAUAUAAACUUACUCUUGUAAAUCGCACUUUAUAGAUACAUCCAGCAGUGUCUUGGUGAUGAAAACUAGCAGAGACAAUUUAUCAACUACGGCUUCUGAAGCUACAGCGAUGCCUGAGACUGUGGGAUCCUUGAUGGGAACUUUCUGCUCUCUGAAGGAGUUGAAAGGCAACAUAGAAGGAGCCUUUGAAGAUAUUUUGGAAGAACGGAGAAAAUCCAGCGAUUUACGAUAUGCCUUUAGGAAUUUUACUCCAGCGAUAUACAAAGAUCUUACUCCAUGCAAACCAAGUGUCAUUAAAACCACUGUCAUGAAUUCAGAUCGGAUGCAAUAUGUUAUGAAGCAGAUCAGCUUGGAAACUGGAGAACCCUUUGAUAUGAUUCAGGAACAAGCUCGUGAGAUUUUGGAUGAAAUGGGUCACAAUUUAAAAUUGAGUGCAAUUCGAGUAUUUGCUCUCAGUUUAAGCAAGAUCUUUAAACGGCUUUAUGGGAAAGUAUUUUGCAAUAUGGAGGGCAUUCAGAAGCUGGCAAAAGCUGUUCAAGAAUAUCCUGUUGUUUUGCUGCCCAAUCAUCGGAGCUAUGUUGACUUUUUGUUGAUAUCGUACAUUAUGUACACCUAUGACGUUGCUAUUCCUGUGAUUGCUGCAGGAGAAGUUCUCAGUGGCAUGACACUUAUUGGACAUCUCCUUCGCUCAUCUGGUGCCUUUUUCAUAAGACGUUCAUUUCGAGGGAACAAACUUUAUUGGGCAGUGUUUUCAGAAUAUGUGAAGACUAUGAUACGGGCUGGAUAUGCUCCUCUGGAGUUUUUCAUUGAAGGUCAAAGAAGCAGGACAGGCAAGACUUUAAAUCCAAAGCUUGGGCUUUUGAGUGCUGUUAUGGAGCCAUUCUUAGAAGGAGAAGUAUUUGAUACUUACAUCGUUCCCAUCAGCAUCAGCUAUGAAAAAUUAUUGGAGGAAGCCCUCCUUGCGCAAGAACUUUUAGGAGCUCAGAAACCCAAAGAAUCCACAUCAGGUUUGAUGAAAGCCAGGAAGCUUCUAAGUGAGAAUUUUGGUAACAUUCACAUAUACUUUGGACAGCCAUUGUCUUUACGGUCACUGUCUUCUGGGAAAAUAAAUCGAUCUGAAUAUAAUCUUACCCCAAGGCAUUUAUCACAUCAACCAUCAGAAGACAUUCAAAAGUUUAUCACUGAUGUAGCCUAUAAAGUAGAGCUUCACCAAAUAGCCAACAUGGUCCUCAGUCCAGGAACCUUGAUAGCAACCAUUUUGUUGCAGAAUUUACCAGCUUUGAACUUCAGCAUAUUGGUUGAAAAAACACUGUGGCUAAAGAAUUUAACAGAGGCCUUCGGAGGAAUGCUAGAAUGGCCUGGUAACAUACCUGUUGAUGAAGUGGUUCGGUCCAGUCUACACCUACAUUCAAACUUUAUUAGCCUUGUGGAUGAUCAGGUAGUUUUGUUUGAACAUAAUGAUCAUGACAUGACUGAAGACUUGGUGAACAAACGAGCAGUCACAUUUCUGAUGGGUGCUUCCUACAGAAACGAACUAGUUAAUAUUUACGCACGUCCUGCCCUGGUUGUAUUGGCUUGUAAACUGGCACAGACUUUCAAGAAAGAUGAUGUUUACAAAUCAUUUACAUUUCUGAGAAGAGUUCUUUCUAGAGAGUUCAUAUUCUUCCCAGGACAUGAAGAACAGGACUUUGAAGAAGGCUGCUACUUACUUGGCAAAUAUAACGCUGUCCAUGUUACAUCAGAUGAAAUAUCAUCACCUGACACCAGUGUGACGGUCUUUUUAUUCAAAAUGUUCUAUCCUCUUCUGGAAGGCUACCAGUUAGCUUGCACCUACCUUUCACAGGAUACUUCUGAGAGUUUCACUGAAAAACAAUAUAUAUCUGGUGUGAAAAGUUUUAUCUUUCAAACAAUUGCAACAGGAGCCAGCAGUUGUUAUGAAUCAUUGUCUUCUGAUAUGUUGAAGAACUCACUGGCAUCUUUUGUGAAUCUAGGUGUUGUGGAGGCCAGUAAAUCGUCAAGUGGAAAAAACUAUAUCGCACAAAGGAAGAAUGCAAAGGAUAUGGUGACAAUACUUGAAGUACAUCAAGGAAAAUUCCCAGCAGCCAGACUCUAAGGAUCUUAGCCAAAUGUCACAUUCCAUCUCCAGUGGAAGCCAGCUCUCAGUGUGCAGUCCAUGGACAAGCUACAAUAACCUAAGCUACAAUAAUGUCAUUCAACAGAUACUACUGUGAAAUACUAUAUUAUGUAUUCUUAUGUUGAAAAUGUACAGACUCAAACAUUCAGUAAAUGUGUCUUACUAUACUAGACAAUUGUACUAACAAAAUAAACACUUAUGGGCAUAUUUAUAAGGUAGCAAAGA